AACAGAUCAAUCCUAACUCUAUGGAGUUUCCAUUCAUUCCAAUUCCUAUUAGAAAACUUAAUAUCACCUUUUAUCCAAGUCCUAGCUGUUUGGACAUACAAAUUCCCACGAUGUUUUAAUCCUUUUCUUUUUGUAACUUGGAAUGUUAACACCUACCUCUAUAUAUACAAUAAUCCUAGUACCCAGUAAUCGUCAACUUUCGCAACACCAGCUAACCAUGAAUACUAAAACCACCACCUUCUUUUGUCCAUUGCUCUUUUCCCCCUCUUUUUUCUCUUUAAUCCCUGCAGUAACAGCAGCAUCACCAGCCGUAACUGCUGUUUUUGCAUUCGGCGACUCUACGGUUGAUCCAGGCAACAACAACCACCUUUUCACUAUUUUUCGCGGUGAUCAUGCACCGUACGGCAAAGAUUUUCCCAACCACGUUGCCACCGGAAGGUUCUCCAAUGGAAAACUAUCAACUGAUUACUUGGUAUCCACAUUAGGCCUCAAAGAAGUCUUGCCCGCUUAUCAUGACCCUAAAGUCACCGCUCAUGACUUAUUAACAGGCGUUAGUUUCGCCUCUGCUGGCACUGGAUUAGAUUACAUGACAGCAAAUUUAGCAAGUGCAUUAAGAAUGGCAACGCAGUUGGAUAACUUUGAUCAAGCUUUAGCAAGGAUUAGGGCCUUGGUUGGUCAACAGAGAGCUCAGUAUAUAGUGAAUAAUGCUAUAUUUGUUAUUAGUAUUGGGACUAAUGACUUGAUUGAUAAUUUUUACGACUUGCCUAUGAGAAGACUGCAGUAUUCUAUUUCAGCCUACCAUGAUUAUCUGCUGCAUGAACUUGAAUCUGCCGUUCAGAGACUAUUUAAUGCCGGAGCACGGAGGAUUGCAGUGGCGGGUCUGCCACCGAUUGGGUGUUUGCCGGUACAAGUGACAAUUGGUAGUUUUAUGCCAAGCCCAUACAUGCUUCGACGUGUAUGUGUGCAGCAGCAGAAUACUGACUCUAUUGCCUACAACAACAAGCUUCAAGCGUUGAUCUUGAGGUUGCAAGCUGUGCUUAGAGGUGCCAAAGUUGCUUAUGUUGACUUGUACAACCCACUAAUUGACAUGAUUAAAAAUCCUGCUAGAUAUGGUUUUGAAGAAACGCUUCAAGGUUGUUGUGGAAUUGGGCAAUUGGAGAUGGGACCUCUAUGCAAUCAGAACCAACACAUAUGCACUAACCCAUCAAGAUAUAUUUUUUGGGAUGCUGUACAUCCAACACAAGCAACAUAUUGGAUCCUUGCACAAAUGAUUUCGAGAACUGUGCUUCCAUAUCUUCGAAGCUAAGCUAGGUUCUACGUUUAGUAGGAAAGGAUUUUCAUUUAGGAGUACUUAUUAUUCGGGGCUAAAGCUAAUUCUUUUAAUACUUGGAGUUUGUAAUUGCAUUCAAAUAAAUUGGUUUCUCUUUGGUUUCAAAGUGAAUUCUUUUAAUACUUGGAGUUUGAAUUCGGUCCAUAGGCCUUCUUAAAAGUUCUUUAUACAGUGAUUAAUGAAUAUCUUUUGUCAAAGCAAAAUUUUGGUCCAGCGUAUAUCAUGUUUCAUUAUUUUACUUUGCUGACUUAGUUUUUGACAAAUUCCCAAUGAAAUCAGGAAAUUGAAGUGAAAAAAAAAAACAAAGGGAGGGAAUUGUAAACUGAAUAGGAAUUGACAACCCAUAUUAGUAUUUUUUUUUUUUUUUUU